CCCGAGGGAAGGUGAACUUCUCAGCCACCGUUUAGCACGAUUAUUGCUGCUGUAGGAAGAGUUUAAAGGCACAAAAACAACCUAUUCUCAUCGAGUCAGUGUCUCUCUUUCCUUCCGGUCACCGCUCAGUGUUUUUUUAUUAAACGGAAGACUAUAUUUAGAUUAUAUUUUUAACCAACAUGAGUUGAUCAUUACUACUGUAAGCUAUGAUUGCACUAGUGUUCCGGUGUGGGUGCUUUUAUUGUGAAGGAGGAGAUGGAAGGAGAGGAAGUAGAUGAAGGGUUCAACGGCGGUGUUGAGGAAGUGAAAAUAAAGUUGCGGCCGGUUUGGCGCAGAAGCGGAGCACCGUGUAGAUGUUUUAUCAUUAAAAGACUUUGCGUGGGAGCAUCAUCAUGUUGGUGUCCCGGUGCAUUGUGGGUAACGUGCGUGGAGGACUCCUGAAGACCUGCGCCCACCCUCAGCGCCCCCUGCACCGCCUCCUGUCCCGGGCCCCCGGCCCGGCGCUGAGGACCCGGGUGGCAGGAAGCCUGCUGGUGGGCGGCGGCCUGCUGGCGGCGUGGUGGUGGGUGGAUUCGGAGAAGCGGCAGCAGCAGCGGCGCCGGCGGGUGGAGCAGUUGAAGCAGGUGUCCCUGGGUCAGGGCACCUUCAGCCUGUUGGACCACGGCGGGAGGCGGCGCACCAAGGCAGACUUCCUGGGCCGCUGGGUGCUGCUGUACUUCGGCUUCACGCACUGCCCGGACAUCUGCCCCGAGGAGCUGGACAAGCUGUGCGGCGCCGUGGCGGCGCUGGAGCGGGACGCCACGCUGCCGCCCGUCCAGCCCCUCUUUGUCACCGUGGACCCGGAGAGGGACGACCCGCCAGCGCUGGCCCGCUACGUGAGGGACUUCCACCCUCGGCUGAUCGGGCUGACGGGCACGCCGGAGGAGGUGAAGCGAGCAGGGCGGGACUACCGGGUCUACGCCAGCGCCGGACCCAAGGACGAGGACGGGGACUACAUCGUGGACCACACCAUCCUCAUCUACCUGAUCAGCCCCGACGGGCUGUUCCUGGACUACUACAACCGCAUGAAGGACCAGGACCAGAUCGUAGACAGCGUCCGGAACCACAUCAAGAACUACGAGCCGCUGGACCCGGACUGAUAGGACACAAUGUCUCUGUUAUUAAAAUCUAUUUAACAUUGACCAGUGUUUUGUGUCCAUUGUGAGCCUGAGAAAUACCCAAACUCAUGAAAAAGAGAAUAAACAAGCAUGAAAUA